AUGGUUCGGUUGAAGUCUCAUGUUUCGGUUCGACGUAAAUUACAAUUAGAAAAUACAGAAGAUGUACCAAUCGUACUUACUAUCAAACGAAUUUAUAACAAGAUUCUUGAAACAGGUUCAGUAGAAGAUCGUGAUCAAUCAGGAAGACCAGUUUCAGCAACAACAGACAAGAUAACUGAAAUUUCUGAAGUUUUAACAGCAACGCCUAUCACUAGCGUUCGUCAAAUUUCUCAAGAAGUAAACCUCUCAAAUUCAGUGGUUCAUUGUACAGUGCGUCAUGUUUUUAAAUACAAGCCAUACAAAAUGCAUUUAAUACAAAAAUUAUAUGAUGAAGAUUAA